CAAGAUUUUAACUUUUAUUAAUUAUAUUUUAUAAAGGCUGGGGACGUUACAAUAUGUCGAAAGCCAAAGUUAGAUGAUGAUAAUAAUAGUAUUAUAUCAACAAGUAUAGAACAUUCACAUAGUAUAAGACGUAGACAUAAAUUUUCUAUUAGACAUGAUAUAGGUGAAAGAGAAAUACGGAGAAAUAAAGUAGGUGGUGAUUUCUCCCCUGCAAGUUCAAUAAGUGAUAGGAAAGGAAAGAAAAAACACAAAAGUCUUCCUGUACCGCCAAGAAAACCUGUUAAUAGUGCUGAAGAAGGUACCUCUAAAAAUGUUAAUGGUGUCGUUGUUGACCCUCGCCGAUUUUGUAUGGUGGAUCCAUUCAAUUUAGGUGGUCAUCGACGUAGUUAUACUUUAGAUACUACUUGGAAUAUAACCGCUUUUUUUGAUAGUGUAUCUAAUGAUAAAGAUGAUGAAAGUCCUGCUACUAUAUUAAUAGCUAAAAAAGAAAAUUUAGCAAGGAAUAGUCAUAAUAGAUUUAGUAUGCAACCUGCUCGUCGUAAUAAUAGUAAAAAACGUCGUUCUAUAGCAAAAGAAAUAAGGGAAGUUGAAGUUCGAACUUUUCGUUGGGAAUCUCGUCGCACAAAUCGUGAAAAAACUUGUUCUCAAUUAUAUGAACUAUACGAAAAACAAAUUGAUAAUUCCCUUUUAAAUAAUUUUACUCAAGAUAAACCAUUACCCCCUGUACCUUUUGAUAAUGAUGAUAAAUCAUUUUGUGAUAAUGAUUCUGAAACAAUAAUAGAUCCUGAAUUACAAUCAAUUAUAGACACUUUAUCUUUGAUAUCUGAUCAUCAUAGUGAUAUAUUUGAUGAUUCAAAUUCAUCUAUAUAUACUUCAACAAGUACUAUGCGUGAAUCUUUUUCUGAAUUAUUAAUUACUGAUGAAGUUAUGUUUAACUUAAUUGAAGAUGAAAUUUCUGCUUUAUCAACGAGAAAUUCUGUAAAUUCUUUUGAAACUUUACCAGUUGAAGUAGAAAUGUGUUUAUCAUGUAAACGAAGAUCAACCGAAAGUGGUUAUAGUAUUCAAUGGUGUAAAGCAUGUGAAAUGAAAAGAUUUGAACAACAUUUUGAAUCUUGGUCAAGUGGUAAUGAUGAUAUUGAUUGUUUCAUAUUAGAAAGUCAAUUAAAUUCAACAAAUUUCUUUGAUCAUUUGGAAUGGAUAUCAUUUGAUAGGUUACAAGAUGUUGAAUCAAUUGGUGAUGGUGAUACUACUUUUCAAGCCAUUUGGUUGGAUGGUCCUAGUAAUAGAUGGGAUACGAAAAAUAAUCGUUACGUUGGAAGUGGUGAAUGUUUAGUAGUAUUGAAAUGUUUUGAAAUUCCCGAAAAUUCUUCUUCAGAUUUCUUUGAUCAGGUAAAUAUACUUUUUUUUGACGUUCGUUUACGUUCGUUUACGUUCUUUUUACGUUCGUUUUACGUUUUAUUACGUUCGUUUUAUCGAAAAAUAUAAAAUAAUUACUAAUUUCUUUACUAUAUAUAUUAUUUAGUUGUCUAAAUAUCUUCGUUGUGAAGAUAAUAAUGGCGCACAUUUUGUACGUUGCUAUGGUAUAACACAGGAUCCAGAAUCGAAAGAAUAUAUGUUUGUGUUACAUUACGUAAAGGAUGGAAAUAUUUCCCAUUAUUUGAAACAAAAUUUUGUCGAUAUAACGUGGCAAAAAAG